UUGAGAGCGAGACUUCCGUCUAUACCGGAAGGAAGUUGCCAAACACUUUAGGCCUUCAGUUAGAAGCAGCUGCGGAAGGACCUGCGUCUACUGGCUUCAGCGUGAUCAUGUUUCUCCAGUAUUAUCUCAACGAGCAGGGAGACCGGGUCUAUACCUUAAAGAAGCUCGACCCCACGGGACAACAGACUUGCUCGGCCCAUCCUGCUCGGUUCUCCCCAGACGACAAAUAUUCUCGACACCGGAUCACUAUCAAGAAACGCUUCAAGGUGCUUAUGACCCAGCAACCGCGCCCCGUCCUUUGAGAAUCUCUUAAAAUUGUAUGCUGCCUGCUAGCGCUCAAGAGACUGUGCAACCAAGCUCUUCGAUCUGUGAGCCUUGAAGAUUUACUCCAACCCUUGCUCAUUAGAAUCCGGUCUCAUCAUUGCCUUUGAUCAUGCUUGUUGUGAAGCAGUCAUGCUAGCAUUCCCUUUAAAGGGAAAAAGUUUGAAUCUUUUUUUUCAUACUUUGAAUCACUGCCAUGUUAUUAAAAUGAUUUGAAAGAGCUCUUAUUUUGUAUGUUGUAAGAAGAGAGGAUUGGUUUAAAAACAAACGAGGGAGAUGAGAGGGAAGAGUACCCCAGGGAUACAAGACUUCUUGGUGGCUGCUGUAGCAGUAGUGCUAUGCUAUGAGUCAUAGGAGGGGGCUGGGGAAAGGGAGGAAAGCUUGAGAAAGACUCAUCUGCAACAGCCACCUUCACUUGGCCAACCGUUGUGAAUAGGAAUGCCUUUAUGUGUGUUUACUGACCCUGUGGAAAUAUUCCCAGGCCUUUAGUUCUUUCCAUCAAGGAAUUCUCUUCUUACAUACACCUAACUUCACAUUCUGUCUGCUAUGUGGAAUUCUACAUGGAUCUUAAUUUAGAAGAUGAGGCAUGAGAGAUUCAAGCAGGGAUUUUUAUUUUUCAUGCUCCUCUUGAGGGAUCAUUUUUAUUAAAUUGUGGAGGA